GGUUGUGGCGGUGGUGGUGGUCUGAUAAGAGGCGCGCUUCGUUACCGCCUAAUCAUUGCCGGUUGUUUAUGCUGCCGAGCCGCCGGUUGUCUGAUAACGGACCGAGAGGAAGGAAGAGACAGCGAGUGGUGUGCAGACAAUUCGUUUGUCUCGCGCAUGCAGAUGAUGCUGGUGCGCCAGCCGGUCAUCAGUUCAUUCUGCUCCACUGACCACGAUGGAGGCUGGUGCGGCAUCCGAGCGAUUUGUGGUGUACGGAGGCGAUCUACGCCAUAGCAUCGAAGAUGGUUGUCGAUCGUUCGGCGAACUGGUGAUCAAGCGUUUGUACCGAAAUGGCACAGAAGUGGGAUUGGUCGAUGGCGUUACGGGGCAGCAAUGCUCGUACCACGAAAUCCUGGAACUUUCCCUAAAGCUCGCGAACCGUUUCCACCGGCUCGGUCUAAAACGAGGUUCCGUCGUUGCGAUCGCUAGCGAGAACAGUCUCCAAUUCCCGAUCGUAACCUUCGCGACGAUCAUGCUCGGUGGGACGAUCCUGCCGCUCAAUCCCUCCUACACGGCCGGCGAAAUGGCGCAUGUGCUGCAACUGACCAAACCAUGGUCCAUCUUUGCCUCCAGCAAACCGCUUGCCACCAUUCGGGCCAUGCGCGAACGCUUACCGUUCGUGAAGCUGUUGGUCGCGUUGGUCCCACAGCGAACGGAAUGUCCGGCAGACGUGAAACUACCGACGUUGGACGAAUUCUUCGAUCGUAGCCCAUUGCGCAGCUUGACCAGCUUUACGCCACAACCGGUACGGCUGAAGGAGCACGUCGCCAUCAUGGUGAUGUCCUCCGGGACGACCGGACUACCGAAGGCCGUUCAACUGACGCACCAUAACGUGAUGACCGUGAUAGCGUACCUAGCGGAGGACCCCCGCUACACCGAAUUGCCGGUUCCGAUCCGAGUGCUUGGGUUGCUACCUUUCUAUCACGUGUUCGGAUUCAUGCUGUCACUGAACAGUUGCCUCAACCGGGUACCGAUGGUUGUGCUGUCACACUACGAGCCGCGCCUUUUCCUACGCACCAUCCAGGAGCAUCGCAUUACGAUGGUCAGUCUCGUGCCACCGUUGAUGGUCUUUCUGGCCAAGCAUCCGCUGGUGGAGGAGUACGAUCUUAGUUCGCUACACGCCGUACUUAGUGGUGCCGCUCCGUUGAGCAAGGAAAUCGAAGAUCUAGUCCGGGCGCGUCUCCCGAAUGCGCGUACCGUCCGCACCGGUUACGGCAUGAGCGAAACGUCGCUCGGUGUUAUCUCGCGGGUUAAUGAUAAGGUUGGUUCCGUGGGUAAGGUACACAAGACGACGUACGUUAAGGUGAUCGAUCUGGAUACGGGUGUGCCACUGGGCCCAGGCCAAACCGGUGAAAUCUGCGUCAAGGGGCCGCUCGUCAUGAAGGGUUACCUAAACAAUGAGCAGGCCACGCGCGAAAUGCUCGAUGCCGACGGUUGGCUACGUACCGGUGACAUUGGGUACUACGAUGAGGAGCAAGACUUUUUCAUCGUCGAUCGGCUCAAGGAUCUGAUCAAGUACAAGGCGUUCCAGGUGCCACCGGCCGAACUGGAGGAUGUGCUGCUCAGUCAUCCGAAAGUGCGCGAUGCAGCCGUCGUGGGACUGCCCGAUGAAGCGGCCGGCGAGUUGACGGCUGCGUUCGUCGUGCUGCAACCGGAUACCGAGCCGAUCACGGAAGCGCAGCUCGGCCAGUACGUUGCUUCUAAGCUUUCGCCCCCCAAGUGGCUCCGCGGUGGUGUGUACUUUGUGCAGGAAAUUCCCAAAACCGGCAGCGGUAAGCUAUUGCGCCGUCAGCUGCGCCAAACAUUGCAGAAACAGAAAGCGAAACUAGUUUCUGAUGAUCUAAACACCACCAAUCCAAUGCCGGUCCGAUGCAAAUUGACCAAAUCGCUAAAUCCUUCACCGGGAAAUUUGCCGAUGACUUGCUUUAUCUCAUCUCAAUGUCGGGACGAGAUAACAAAGAAGACGAACGACGCAAGACGACAUCGUCGGCACAUCCGUACCGCAUCCAACCAGUAUUCCAGAAACAGUCCGUCUGACAGUAUGGCUGACGAGAGCAACAUCGUACGGGGUCCGCCAGCACCGGAAGACCUUACGCUCGGUACCCGAUCGGUGGGGGAACUGUUUCUGAAGGUGUUCCGGCAAUCGCCAGCCAGUGUGGCCAUCAUCGAUGGAGUGACCGGUCGUGAGCACACGUACGGUGAGCUACUGGAGAAAUCGCUUCAUCUUGCCGCCUACCUUCACGAUCACGGUGUCCGGACGGGCGAUGUGGUAGCGAUCGUGUCGGAGAACCGUGUCGAGUAUCCAAUUACGAUCGUUGCCCUCUUUCUGGUCGGCGCCUCGGGCGCACUCUUCAAUCCCGGCUAUACAUCACAUGAACUAACGCAUGCGCUCACCAUCACCCAACCGAAGCUGGUGUUCGUAUCGGCCCAGGCCCGUGGCGCACUGUAUCGGGCCUGCCGUUCCAUCAGACACCAGAUCAGCAUCAUCAACUACGAUGCGUACGAACGCAGCACAAGCUACGCCGACUGCUUACGACGAUCUUCGCGCUCGUUCGAUGCACCAUCCUUCAUGCCCGCCCCGGUCACUGACCUGGCAGAGGCAGUGGCGCUCAUCGUUAUGUCGUCAGGGACGACCGGUCUACCGAAGGGAGUGCUCAUUUCGCAGGCCAACGUCAUGGCCACGUUUGCCAACUUUCGCUACGCGGUGCAGAAGCAGGGACCGGCUUUCCGUAGUUUCGUCGAGAUACUGCCCUGGUACCAUGUGGCCGGUGGUAUCAUGAUGCUGAGUGUACUGAGCGCCAACUUGCGGAAGGUCGCGCUGGCCAAAUUCGAACCGCGCACGUACCUUAGCUGCGUCGAACGGUAUCGACCAAGCGUGCUAAACAUUGUGCCACCGAUUGCCGUCUUCUUGGCCAAGCACCCGAUGGUGGACGAGUACGAUCUGUCCUCGGUUGAGAUGAUCGCCUGUGGGGCGGCACCACUUAGCAAGGAGGUGGAGGAGCUGAUCUACGCCCGGCUGAAGACACCUGGGCUGCGCAUUCGGCAGGGUUACGGGAUGAGUGAAACGACGCAAGCCAUCACGUUCUACGAUUCCGAUCAACCGAAACUCGGCACAAUCGGUGGACUGCGACCGGGACAGUUCGGUAAGGUGAUCGAUCUAGACACCGGCCGUACGCUCGGACCGUACCAGCGUGGGGAGCUGUGCUUCAAGGGUUCGCUCAUCAUGAAGGGUUACAUCGGUGCCGAAUCACCGAUCGAUGCCGACGGUUGGCUGCAUACCGGGGACAUCGGGUACUACGACGACGAUCGGGAUUUCUUCAUCGUCGAUCGGCUAAAGGAGCUGAUCAAGUACAAAGCCUUCCAAGUGCCACCGGCCGAACUGGAGGCCGUUCUGUUGUCCCACCCGGAAGUCAAGGAUGCGGCCGUCAUCGGUGUACCGGACGAUCGGGCCGGUGAACUGCCGAUGGCGUACGUGGUGCGUAAAGAUGACUCGAACGUGUCGCCCCAGGAGCUGAUCGCGUACGUAGAGCAGAAGAUGUCGACCGAGAAGAGACUCCGCGGUGGGUUACAGUUUAUCGGUGAAAUCCCCAAAACGGCCAGCGGCAAAAUAUUGCGCCGUGCGCUGCGGGAUCUCGCUGCUCGGAGCAAGCAAUCCAAACUGUAGUGGUGUGAGAUAACCAAAUAAGCUUUUACAAUACAAUACAGUCGUACCGGAU